AUGUCCUCCGACACUCCUCUGCUCGAUCCCUCCAUCUUCUCCCACCUCCAGGAGAAGCUCGAUGAAGAGACCGCCGUUCGUGAUAACCUCACCCAGAUUAUCCAGCGUCUCGAGCGCGCCGUUGCCACUGCUCAAGGUCUUCUCUCUCGCGUCCACUCUACACCCCGCGCUCGCUACCCAGCGCUUGUAUCACAGGUUGAGGAUGCUAUCAAGGAAGAGGUCACUAUUGUGAAGGAGCUGAAUGAGGUAGCUAGCAAGCACCCAUACUACAAAUACAACAGCAAGUGGGCGAGAACCGUUCAAAAUGCCAUCGGCACCGCUGUCUACACUGCCUGGCUCGGCGGUCUAGGCUCUGACGCCCAGCCUGCUUCACUCGGUCGCCUUCUCACUCUCGAGCAAGUUGGCGAGGUCUUCCAAGUCCCCACAAACCUCAAGGACCGAGAUGCCUUCCACUUUACCAUCGAGGAGUAUCUCCUAUCUCUGACGGACCUCACCAACGAGCUUGCUCGUCUUGCUCCCAACGCUGUCACCCUCGGAGACUUUGAGCUUCCUCUCGUUAUUAGCGGGUUCAUCAAGGAUCUCUUCGCCGGGUUCCAGCUUCUCAACCUCAAGAACGACAUUCUCCGCAAGCGAGCUGAUGCUGUCAAGUAUGACGUCAAGAGAGUCGAGGAUGUUGUCUAUGAUCUGAGCCUGCGUGGACUGGUCAAAAGGGCUGGAGAGGGUGACACAGAGAUGGCUGCUGUCGAGUAG